AUGGCUCCCGUAUGCUCCCCCACAGAGGGGCCCCCCGCCGCGGGCUCUCCUGCAGCUUUCGAGGGCCCCUCGGGGGCCCCGGAAGCGUCGGGGGCCCCCUCAGCAGCAGCAGCAGCAGCGCCGCCGGCAGCAGCAGCAGCAGCAGCAGCAGCAGCAACGGCGGACCACAAACACAAGAUAAGGCCCGCAGACACUCUGCUGUCCAUUGCUGCAGAGUACGGGGUGUCUAUACACCAGCUCAUGCGCUGCAACAAUUUAAGUUCUUCCGAUAUUUGGUUUAAGACCCAUUUGACAGUACCCUGUGACCCGCAGCAGUGCAGGCACUUUCGAGGGGGCCCCCCGGGGGCCCCCCGGGGGCCCCCGGGGCCCCCGGGGCCCCCGGGGCCCGCGGGGCCCCCGGGGGCCCCCCCGCCGCCUGGGGGCCCCGCCCCUGCGGGGCCCCCCGAGGGGGCCCCCCUAGCUGCGGCCGAGGGGGACAGUUCAGCAUUAGGGCCUCGGGGGGCCCCCAAUGGGGGCCCCUGCCCAGCACCGGGGGCCCCCCACAACAAGGAGGGGCCUCGGCAGAAGGGGCCCUCCGCAGCAGCCCCGGGGGGCCCCCCAGGGGCCCCCCCAGGGGGCCCCCCUGGGGGCCCCCCGGGGGCCUCCGCCCCGGGAGAGCCCGCAGCGCCCCCCGGGGGGCCCCCCGGGGGGGCCCCCGGAAGAGGAGCGAGGGGACUAUUCUUUGUCGCUGGAUUCGGACUUCCAAAGAAAUGCAAAUGUGGCGCUUUUGGUGGAGGGUUUGGUGCGGGAGGUGGACAUACACCCGAGAGUGGCGCGACAGCGCAUUGUGGCGCGAGGUGUACGUACACCUCAGCGGGGGCGGUUGUAACAGUAACAAAUGAGAAAUGA